ACUAUAAAACAGCCAGGUGAUUAACAUCCAUUCCCUUGUUGUUUUCACUCCCUAAUCCUAUCAUCUCUCUUUUCUUCUCAUUGUGUACUACUUCUGAUUCUCCACGCCUCUAUGGAAGGCGAGGAUGGUUAUGUUCCGGUGGAAGCUAAGGAUUUUUAUAAGGACUACAGUCCUCGAAAGACUUUCUCGCCCGAGAUUGUGGAGCUCGGUGAGGAUAUCACGAGUACUAGUGAUAUCACUCCAGGCAGCACUAGCAGAGAUAUUGUAGGUGUCAACGAUGUUUAUGUGGCUGUUGGUAAAGAUGACACUGAUGUUCUGAAAUGGGUGCUUGAUAAUGCUGUUUCGCCUGGUUCUCGGGUCUUUCUUGUCCAUGUCUUCCCUCCAAUCACCCACAUCCCUACACCAGUUGGACGAUUAUCAAUGAGCCAAUUAAGUGAAGAUCAAGUGAGAUUUUACGUCAAUGAAGAGAAUAAUAAGAGGAAGAACCUCUUGCAGAAAUACGUCUGCUUAUGCAACAAUGUUAAGGUAACAGUGGACACAAUGCUCCUGGAGAGCAGCGACAGAACAAAAGCAAUCACUGAUCUUCUGUCCGUUCUUAGGAUCACUCACCUUGUCAUAGGAACCAAAAGAGCACCUCAUUCAAGGUUAAAUUAUGUUGUUCAUCCGAUCAGGAGGAAAAAAUUAUCACUAGGAGAAUUUGUUAGGAAAAGUGCACCUGGGUAUUGUCAGGUUAGCAUCAUUCAUAAAGGCAAUAAGGUAAUGGUUGAUGAACAAAGGCCUCCCCAUAGCGAAAGAAGCAUCUUCGAGUGGGCAUGCUUUCCAGUGCGUGGGAAAAAUCCCAGGAUGUCUUAAGCAGCAGCAGCACCUGUAAGAUCAAAUAUGGACAUAACACAUAUCAUCAUAAAGUAAUUGAUGAUUAGCUUAAUAUCAAUCCUAGUUUAACAUGGAUACAAACAGUAAAUCAAUACUUGUAAC